AUGCUGGCCUGGCAGCUGGCUGCCGUGGCUUCCAUUAUUCUGUGGACGUCGACCAUGUCCCUGAUCUUAUUUGGAUGUCUGAAGUUGGCAGGAAUCUUUAGAGUCAGCGAGGAAAUCGAAAAGAAAGGUUAGAGCUUAAAUUUAAGCAAAGAAACACUUUUUUUUUUUAAAAAUCUCAAAAUCACAUUAAAAAAAAUUACUGUACAGCAUCACAUGAACCCGUUAGGAGGAGUGUACAAACUACAUAAAGUUAACCAAUUAUAUUAUAAUUUUUAUCUACCAGAUUCACCUUUGUCCACUCCUCAGUUUAAAAAUAAUUUCUUUCAUAAAACUAAAUAUUACAUUUUUUUAUUGUUUUUUUGGAGAAGUAAAUUAUAUCCAUGAAUUUAAACUGUCUUUUGGUUGCAUUACCUCCUGUCAGAGAUACAACCACACGACCUUUGUACAUUACGUUAUUUUGCUAAACGUAUCACACCUUUUCAAUUCAGGCCUUGACAUUGCACGUCACAGCCAGCCCGCCUAUCCACUUGAGGCUUACGGUCACGGCCAUGUCGAGGACAUCAAGGCCAUUGGACUGGACGGCAAGCUGUCAUCAAUCGAGCUUGGU